CACAGUUCCAGCUCUACCACUCAGUAGAGCUUUGGGAUUUGGACAGAGCCUCCACAUCUGUUCAGUGGCCAGGACAAGUUUUGGGACACUGUCUUCUUCCAGUAAUUUUCUAGUACCCAACAACGGUUUGUAUAACCAUACCAUACCUUCACAGGUCCUCUGCCCAUACAAGAGCAUGCAAGCUUGACAAGAAGCCUGAAAAAUGAAGACUAAAAUGAAGUAUUCAACAACCAAAAUCUCCCCAGGAAAGAUGAACAGUUCAGCAAGCAAGUCUUUGGUAAAAUCUCCCAAACUGAGAAAAUCCCAACAGAAAGCUGAAGAAGUUUGCCAGAUGUACUUUAUGCAGCUGCGCUCUGGUCUUAUCAUAGAAAAGACAGCCUGUUAUUUUAGGAAAGAAAUCACCAAAAGGCAUUCACCAAGAACAGCUGGAAAGUACAAAGAGCAACAUCUGGUAUUCACUGCUUGUCAUCAGCAGCUAAAGGAAGACUUUGCCUGUGAUGUACCUAUGAUCCAGAGACGUACUGGAGAAACUAAUGUUCCAAGUAUCCAAGGUCUCACUGAAUAUUCUGCUUCCCUGAGCACAUACAAUGAUCAAUCUAUUACUUUCGUUUUUGAGGAUGGAAGUUAUGAGAUCUAUGUAGAAGACUUGGGAAAAGACCAAGAGAAAGAUAAGGUGUUAUUUCGUUAUUAUGAUUCCAAAUCCCCUUCACAUGAAACAGGUGAUGGCGUUGAUGGCCAGACAUUAUUGGUAAACCUGAGUCCUACAAAAAACAAAGACUUUUUGCUGCAUGCCAACAACAAGGAACACUCUGUGGAGCUACAAAAAUGUGAAAACCAAUUGCCAGACCAGGUCUUCUUCCGCCUUCAUAGGAAGUCUUCUAAAUGUGUUUCAUUUGAAUGUAAGAACAAUCCUGGAGUGUUUAUAGGAGUAAAAGAUAACCACCUUGCUCUAAUUAAAGUAGGGGACCAAACUGAGCAUUCAAGUAUAGAGAAUACCAUAUUUAAGCUCUCUUAAACUUAAUGUGAUGAAAAGCUGUGGAUUCUGGGUUGGGUAGCCCAAAUAGCUACGGCAGGAGAAAGGAUAAGAGAUAAAGAGGCAGACAACAUUGAAGGGAAAUUGAAUGUUUUUCUUAUUAUUUGUAAAAUAUAUUUUUAUAGUCCUUCAGUUCUGUUUUUUAUUACCCUUUGUCUCACUACAUAUUCAAAAGUGUAUUGUCAAAGAGACCUCAGAAGAUAUACAACCUGACUUUUACUUUUUUCUACUUUCAGUCCAGAAAGAGCUUCAUUUUUAGAGCUGAGACCUCUGAGGAGAAGCAAGGGCCUUAAUUCAAGUUUCAUUUUAGACAGGGAUCCAUUUUAAAAAGCUACAUAGAGACAUAAUUUUCCCUAGUUCCAAACAACAAGUUCAAACACUAGAUUUGUUGGUGAAAAGACAAUCAGAUCUACUUAGACUGAACAUUUCACAAAUGGAAUAAAACACGAACUUUGUUUGAAGAUGCCCAAAACUGGGACACCUAGGUGGCUCAGUCAGUUAAGUGGAUGACUUUCGCUCAGGUCAUGAUCCCAGGGUCCUAGGAUCAAGUCCCUCAUCCGGCUCCUUGCUCAGCCAGGAGCCUGCUUCUCCCUCUGCCUGCCACUCCCCGUGCUUAUGUGGGUGCUCUCUCUCUAACCCUCUCUGACAAAUAAAUAAAUAAAAUCUUGAAAAGAAGAAGAUGCCCAAAACUUCAGAUACCUACAUAGGUAGGCAGAUAAUAUAAAUAUGAGAAAAGACAAAGAUAGUUGAAAAGUUAAGAAAAAUAAAUCCAGCAUUUGUAAAGUAAAUCAUUUUACAUCUAAUUGUUUCAUUUUUAAAAUGCGGAUUUUAUAAAAGGAGUUAAAUUUAGCAAGGCAUUCUUACAUUAGGAAGUGAAAUAAAUUUUAGUUCAGACAUAUAAUUGAAAUCUUUGGGGAUAUCUAACUAAGUACCAUGGUGAGGCCACAAGUUCUCUCAUCUACUAGAGCCUAAAUGGGACACAGAAUUAACAUUACAAUAUCAAUUAACUGUCUAUGCCUUAAGUUUGUGGUAUACCAUGUCCUUCUGACACUAUGCUCCAGGGAUCUAUGACUUAAUAUCCAUGUCACCCUGGACGAAAUUUCUUCUAGUCUUUUCUUCCCAUGUGUAGAAGUGUUUUCCUUGCCCAGCUUCCUGAUUACCCUGCUUACUAUGGAAUAUUUAUUUGACUUUUCUUCCUCUUUCAUUUCUUUUGACCAGCUGUGCUCUUGAUAUACAUUUUGUGCCCCCUGAGUUUCAUUCCAUAUCACCUGACCUCUGGGUGCCAACAUCUUUUUAUAUUUUGUCUACUGAAUGUUGUAGAAUUUCACACAAGCCUACUGAUGGCAAUAUUUUUUAUUAAACAUCUUUUUGUUUUACAUUACUAAGGUAGUAAAAUUUAUACUUAACCAUAUAAUAAAAUUUUUCAACUACUAAAGGAAUCGUUUUUGCUUAUUUUAAAGCCUUAAAUUCUAUUAUAACUUUUUCAUAAGCCUAACACUGACAAUAAAUGAUAAAACUAAUAACAGAAUACUUAUGAAGUACAGCUUUUUCUGAAAGUGUAGGCUUUUUAAUUUCUAAUUUGUUGAGAUCUGUUGGAUAUAAUGCUGGUGGAACAUAAGAUUAAAAAGGCUAAGAAUGACUGUGUGAGGGUAAACAACUUUAAACAACAAUAUAUCUUUCAUUACAUUGUCAAUUUUAUUAUGGAGACAAAGAUAAAGCAGAAUAUAUAUCAUUCUUUCUGAAAAACACUAAAUGUUGAUCAUAUGCAUCUGUAUGAUAUACUUAAAAUGACUGUUUUUAAGUAACCAAAUGUAUUGAUUACCUUGU